UCAUAAAACUCAAAAACCAAUGAAACCGAAAGUUAGAAGACGAUAAGAACGACGCACAUGCACGAAGAGAACAUAUGAUAAAUAUUCGGUGGCGGUCACGGGUGUUUCCAUGCUUCCGAUUGGUUGUCCUAUAUUGAAGUGGACCAAUCACAGGAAGCGCCAACAGUAACUGUGAUAUUUUGAACAACGUCAACUUCAGUUGCUCUGGUGAAACGAAUGGAUGCUACGGCGACGUACUAGGGGCUUAAGAAUUUCAUAAAUGAGAGAUACCAUCGCACCGGAGCAUAUCAGAUAAUAAUUCAUACCGUCAGGGAUAGGGCAGAUCUUUUAAUUUGUUUAUGAGAAUGGCACCAUCUAAAAUUUCAAAUGCACAAAAUAAACAAAGUAGUACUAACAUAACAAAUGCAAGAAAAAGAGUAACAAGAAGUCAGAAUGCUGUGCUACAUAAUGUUCUACUUAAACCACCUGUUCUUGGAAAAGAUCCAUGUAUCAAAAGAAAAGCAGAGGCAUCCCCACCAAAGGAAAAAACCACAAAAAGAUCUGCACUAGGAAACAUCACUAAUGCUAUUGGAAAGACAUUGGGAACACAUCAACAAGAACCAAAGAAAACUGUUAAGAAAGCUACCAGUACUCAAGUAAAACCUUUCACUCAGACAAGUUCUGUUAGAACGCUUGAAAAAGUUGUGACUAAACCUGAAAUAAUACCUCCAAAACCAAAGCCAGUGCCACCCCGUGUAAAAUCAGUGAAAAAAGAUGACAAGAAAACUGAAGUAGCUAGUACAAUUAUAAAUGUUAGACAUAGUUUAGACUUAGAAAAAUCAGAGGACAGUUCUUUGUAUGUAAGUGCAUUAGAAGAUGUGGGUGAUGACACUUCAAAGAAAUCUAGAAGAAGCAAUAUUCAGCCUGAAAAUAGUGAAAAUUCUGAAAAGUCUGAAAAAGAAAGUGAAACAACUGUACCUCAAGUACCUGCACAAACUGAAAAAAAAUCAAUAGCAGCAUGUUUAGAUGCUGUUCCUGAGAGAAACUUACCUGAAGGAGUUCAAUGGGAUUUUGAUGUAGAGAAUUGGUUAGAUCCAUUUCAGGUUUCACACUAUGCCAUGGAUAUCUUUAAUUAUUUGAAAGAUAGAGAACGCUUAUUUCCCAUUGGAGAUUAUAUGGAUAAACAAGUGUGCCUAUCCCGGUGGAUGAGAGCAUUAUUAGUUGAUUGGAUGGUAGAGGUUCAAGAGUCCUUUGAACUGAACCAUGAAACUUUGUACUUGGCUGUGAAAUUAGUUGAUUUGUACCUUACAAAAGUAACAGUUGGAAAAGAAACAUUGCAAUUGUUAGGUGCUGCAAGUCUUUUCAUAGCGAGUAAAUACGACGAAAGAAUACCUCCAAUGGUUGAAGAUUUUUUGUAUAUAUGUGACGGUGCUUACACACAAAGAGAAUUAAUUAGAAUGGAAAUGAGUGUUUUAAAAGUAAUUGAUUUUGAUCUUGGUAUACCUCUUUCCUAUAGGUUUCUAAGACGAUACGCUAGGUGUGCAAAAGUGUCGAUGCCAACUUUAACCCUAGCCAGAUAUAUUUUGGAAUACUCGCUGAUGGACUAUUCUACAAUAAUGUUCAGUGAUAGUAAAAUGGCUGCAGCUGCACUUCUAGUUGCAUUACAGAUGAAAGAUCUAGGAGGAUGGACUCCGACUCUAGAAUAUUAUAGUAGUUAUAAAGUUGAAGACAUAAAAGACAUUGCUAAUCUCUUAAACCAAGGAUUACAUCGAAAACAUAAGGAAGCCUUAACCACGGUCCGCAACAAAUACAGUCACAAGAUAUUCUUUGAAGUAGCGAAGCUGCCAUUAAAAGAUACUUUAGAUAUAUAAAUAGCUUAAAAAAAACUGUAGGUAAUAAAAGCUGAGGUUGACAAUAAUAUGCAGGAUUGCCUCAUUAUUGUUAGAUAGCCUGUAAUGAAAUUCAUAAAAAAUUAAGAUGAUCACUGAGCAAUGACAUGCAAAUCAAAAUGACCUUAUUUAAUUUGCGUAAUAAUAAAAUUGAAGCGAAAUAGAAUUCAAAUUAUUAAUUAAUCAAAAACUUUAAAAAUUUAAACGACUGUGAAAUUUAAUUUAAUUUUUAUACAUAUCCAAUAUGACCGGCACAUGCCAUAAUUUCUCUUUUUAGUUUUUUUUUUUUUGUAUUUAUACACUUAGUAUCUCUAUAUUAUUCUACAAUCUCAGUAUUUGUAAGUUAUUUUAAUUUUUGUUGAGAAAUUUAUUUUAGCGCCACGCUUUUAUACACCAUAAAAAUUCAGAUAAAAGAAAUUAAUAUUUCCAAAAUCAUUUUAAUGCAUGGAAGGUUGAAGUAAAUCUUUUAUUUUUUUUUUUCUUCAUUUUAUAUAUGUAAUAUUAUUAUACAAUACCUUAUCAUAGAUUGGAUUGGUACGUAUAUACAUGUAUGAUUAGACGGGAAAUUAUGCGGCAUUUGUGUUUUAACAAGCCGUAUAGGAAGUGUGGCGUAUUGUUAUGCAUUGUUGUUACACUUUAUAGACUGAUAACAAAUUGUAUGCUUCUAAGGUAGUUACAUAAUAAUUACCGAACUUAUAGUAAAUCUCUUUAAUCAUUGCUCAGCAUAAAAUUAAGAAUAAAAUUUUCUUCGUUUACAAGCGAAACAAUUGAAAAAUUAAUUUAUAUGUCGACAAAUUGCAUGAAAAAUGAUAAUUUAAGUAUAUACAUAAUUUAUAGAGAAAGUAAUUUCUCGUUAGUUGCCAUUCUAAAUGAAAUUACAUAGUAUUAAUUACAUACAUAAUGUGAGUCUAGAAAACAGAUCUAUUGUUUUUUGUAACUUUAUAUUGUCAUAGUUAUUAGUUAUUUUUAUUAAUAAAUAUGACAUUUUUUUCUACAAAAUACCACCUGUGAUAUAAAUGUAUUUAAAACUUUGGUAUAAUGAAAUGCAUCAAAAUUUUCUCACGUACACAAUCUUUAUGCAAUUUGUAUACUAGAAAAUAUUUAGGCUAGUUCUUCAAAAAAUAUAUGUCAGAUUGAGAAAGUAGUUGUACAUACUGACCACAAUCAUCAAUGUGUACAUAUUUCUAAAGAUUACUAGGGCAAACUUAGAACGAUUUCUUUAUAGUUUACCAUAUGAAUAAGGAUACCAUAGAAUUUUAAGAAUUAUUGAAAUUAGGUGGUGUAUAUAAUAUCAUUAUAAUAUAUUUUUUUACUGACAGUGAAUGUACUAUCACUUAUUAUUUUGUAAGAUGUGUGUAUGUGAACUAUUGUAAACAAAGUGUAAUUUAAUAAAAUCAAAUAAUGAUUUUUAA